GCGGAGCAGACAUCGCCCGGUAGCCGGGAUAUGGCGGGGGACAGGGUCCAGCGGGGCAGGAGCCGGGGCUGAGAUGGGCCGCCAGAGACGGGGGCGAGCGCAUGCCGGCAGCGGGCGGGGGAGACCGAGUCCGUACCUCCGCCGUGGAGCGGAGCGGCAGUGGCCGAGCCUGCCCAGGGAAGUCAGUUAGAGACCCUUCGGAAUGCCUGCGAGUGCCCUCGGUCCGAUGCCGGCUUAGCGUGCCCGGCCACUGGACUCACCGAAACUUUGCUCUCCGUCGACUCUCGAUAGGAAUCAGGGGGCUGGAGCGGGCAGACCUUGUCGGGAGACUGGCAGGAGCCCCCCACCUCAUAGGCAAGGGUAUUUCUCUGAACUUUAGCCCGUCAGAUAAAUUUUGGAGGCGGUGGGGAUCCUACACUGGGCAACUAAACUUUCGUAGGAAAUGGAAAUUCAUUGCUUGGAGACUGGUUACCGAUACUGUAAGAGGCACUGCCGCUUAUCAUUGCGUUUUUUCUUAAUUAUUUGCUGAUCUCCUUAGCAACUGAAGUAAUUUGCAAGGUUUAAGCUUGGUUGCAGCUUGAUUUACAAAAUAACAUGACAAAAAGGGUGAAUUUAUUGUUUCACUGAUGAAUAUUUAUUUCCCUUGUUCUCCCUCAGAGGGAUAAGUGUUGACUUCAUGUAGCUGGUACUGCCGUAAAGAGACUGUUGAUUAUUCCGACUGAGGCUCUGUACGUCACCCGGUUGCUCAUCUCUGUCUCAGUUUUCUUUAAGCCAAGUGAAUUAUCGUGGGCUUAAAAAAAAAAAAAAAAAAGAAAGAGAAAAUCUCUCUUCAAAGAAAUGAUAGUUUUAUCUGGCUAAGGUUACUCGGACAAAUUAAUCUCUAGUUCAGCAUGAUUGAGGUCUGGCCAGAUGCUGGCCAGAGAUACCACUCCAUUUGCCAGGCUGACCUCGGGAUCAGCUUGCUGCAAAUAUGAUAAACCAUUUUUUUCAUCACUGUUAGUUCCUGCACCAAACACAAUUUAGUGUAUCAGGGAUUUAGUCCAGUGUAUCAAGACAUCUCCCAGAUGUAGUUUACCAACAGUCUUUGCUGUCCAAUCCGUCAUGUCACUAAAUCUCAUGGAUUAUGAUGGUUGAGUAAUCCAGAUCUGCUCAGUCAGAAAUGCUGAGCACAGCUGUCAGGAGGAUUUGAUGCAGAGAAUUCCUUUUACACUCAGGAGUGAUAAAAGCAGAGUAGAACCUGGAGACUGAAGUGAGAUGGCCGUUGUAGGAAUAUUUCCUCUGACAGUAUCUUCCCCACGAACACACACAAGGAAUGGAAUCUUAUGCAGACCUUCCUUAUAAGUGUAACUUUUUGAAAGAUUAAUUGCAUAGGAUGCCACUAGUGUGUUUGUAAUUAAUGGCUGUGUCAUGUACUUAAGCAGGAUUUUCAAAAUUAGGAUUAAAAGCAUGAAUAAUUAUACUUGUAUAGUAUUUUUGUUAUAAAUUAAUAAACCCCCAUUCUAAAAAGCACUUUUUCUUCUGAGUUCAUGAGGAAAGCUUUGUCAAAUGUCAUACCAGAAAAAAAUAAUAGAGCUAUGAGAAAAUGUUAACAUCUGAACCACUACUGUUUCAUUUCAUGUAUUAUAUUUAACUAAUACAGCCCUGAUUCAUCUGAUAUGUAGACUGGUAUAGUGGGAGAACACCUAUGUAGACACUGGAAGUCAGUGAGAAGGUGCAAAGAUGUAUGAGUGAUUUGUGUGCUGAUGAGACUGGGGCGAGACUCAAGAGAAGACAGUCAUAGGAGAUGUGGUGCAAGGAAGGAGGUAGGGGAUAUAGAAAUGGUGUGAACCUUCUGGAGGGUGAACUGAGAUCUGUAAUAUUUUCUGGUGUUUGCGCUCUCUAGAGGCUGCUGUUCCUGCAGUGGUACAGUGAGGUUGUGUGCAAAUGUUUUCAUUUUCACUCUGCAGGAUGUACCAGCCAGAUGUGGGACUAUUUGCAUCACCAGGAAAAUGCUUUACAGUAGGAAUAACAUCUAUCAAACCAAAUUUUUUUAUGAUGAAAAGACUAGCGGUAGUAUUUUCAAAAGGACUUCAGUCCAAUUCACUGCUUAAAUUAAGAGAUGGGCCACAUAAGGAGUUUUUUAGCAAAGUCUCAAAUGAACUGGGAGAGAUAGUUUGGUGUACAGGUCCCCUGGAAGAAACAGCAAUAAGCCUGAAGGUACUUGCAGGAGAUAAGAAAGUUGGUGUAGAGAUUAUUAAUGUGGCAUUAAUAAUCUCUCUCUGGGAGAGAGAUCCCAGAGAAAAGGGAAAUGAGUGUCUAGGACAUUAGUUGAUCUUCUAGUGAUAACUAAUGGUGAGGCUGUAUGUUGCCUGGCGUUCCCCUUUUCCAUAAGCAGCUCUAGAUGCUCAUUACUUUAAAAAGAACCAAACAAAACAAAACCAAAACCAACCCAGAAAUAAGAAAAAAAAAAAGGAAAAAAACCCCACAAAAACCAAUAGCACACAUACACACAUACACAUUACCUGUUCCUGACUACAGAAGAUCUUCCCUAUGAUAGCAGGAAAUGUCCUGCAUUUCUUCUUGAACAGUUAAGAGGCAUGUGUACCAUUAUUGCACAGAUGAUUUAUCUCAGAGAGUACUGUGUUUUUGGCACACUUUAACACCACAAAGAAAUUAUUUCUUUGAAAAGAAUUCAAGAACAAAAAUCCCAACCAUGCCCUUUACUUUACUGUAAAUCAAAAAACUAUUUACCUAGCUCAUUCAGAAAGAAUGGUGAAGUAGUUUGCCAGAGUCUGUUGACAAAUGUUAGCUGAUAGUGUUCAAUAGCAGUAUCUCUCUUGAGAAAAUAUGCAAUAUUGAAAUUUGUAAAAUAGGACUUUUCUAAGACCUGAAGUAAUGUGACUGGGGUGAAACAAAAUGCCACUUUUCAAUAUAGGGCUAAUUGUAGGCUUUAUUCUUCCUUUCCACUUAACACAUGCACGUUACUACCUAGAAAUAUUUAUGCAGUUAUUUUGAGUAAGUUCAAAUGACCACAUAGGUUAUAAAUAUUUAUGUUGAUCGUGCUUGGCUUUGCAGACCAUCCUAGGUAACCUGUGUCGAAGGUUUGGGGAACACAGGUUGAAGAGCAAGUUGCAACUCAAAAGUCCUACUCUCCAAAAGGGGAGAGAACCUGUUGGGAAUGUAGGCACUGCACUGUGAGUUGGGCAUGGCAAGGAAUGCUUCUGCUCUUCAGUGUAAUCUCUAAAUCAUCUUGUGUGUCCUGUGAUAUGUUUAGGGUGUCUGUAAUUUGGAUUUGCCCUGCCAGGCAAGGCAAGUUAUCUGAAACAGUUUUCAUUUUUCAACUUCAACAAGCUUUGAAAGUGGACAACCCAGUUUUCAGCCCUUGCAAGCUUUUUUUGCUCCCUAGAACUCAAAGGUAUUAUGUUGAUUUAUAGUACCCACUGAUCUGCCCAUGGGAUUUGGUCGCAGACUAGCUCAGGGAUAGUUGUAGGCAUGGUCAGAAACAAACAUGCAAGGUUAUCUAGUGUAUUAACCCUUCCAAACCUGAGCAUUGACCUAGUAUAUCCCAUUGGGAGUGUCUCCAGGAUCGCAGUUAUAUUCAACAUGGGAACUGAUUUUUGAAAGUGCUGUUCGUCUUGGAACAAGUGCAGUUACAUUAAAAGUUACGCUGCAUAGCUUGCAGAAUCAGGCACUCAAAUGUUAGUGGGAAGGCAACCUAUGCAACAGCAGUACAUCUCCCAUUUUGUGGAUACUUUAUAAUUCAGUCUUCACGCACAUGGUUUUAUGGUAUGUCAUUUUCAGAUGCCUUGCUUCAUACAGUAGACUAACUAAAAGAUUGUUUAAAAAAAAUAUUCGUCUGGGUUCCUAACUUCCCAUUGAAGGCCCCAUGCAGUUAGAAGCUUCAGUAGGCUGUAAAAGCCUAGAAGAGUUUAUGAAUCUUGAUAUUAAGCUUUCAUUUAAACCAAUCAGUUUAUUUUUACAAUAUUUCUAUAGCUAAGAUCAUGUUGCUAUAUCCCUUGUAUAGAGAGGGAAGCAUGGAGAAGCCUUUGCAGUCAGAAGCGGCAGCUAGAGUCAUGCAUUCUGACUCGCAUCUCAGCAUUUCUUCAGAUGAGUCCUUUCCAAACUUAACACACAGAGGUUCCUUAUUUUCUAAGUUCCAAACUGGUGCUUUUAAUGUGUUCAUUACUUUCUAACAGUCACCAGUUUACAUAAUUUGCCUGAGCUCACAGGAAUUUUGUGGCAGAGGUUAGGACAUGCUCCAGUUCUCAGAUAUAGGCAUUUACUGAGCUCCUAAUGUAAUCACCCUUUCUUUUCCUGUUCUUCCUCAAAACCUGUGCACAGUGUGAGGAAAGGUUUUGGAGGAAAAUUUAGCAAUCAUGUAACCUGUAGCCAUUUGGAGUUGGCUUCCCUCCAGAUCCCCCCAGACUACAGCAAAAACCUCCCCCUCCCCUUUGGGCAAAGGAAAAAAACUAUAGAAACUGAAAGAUCCGAAACUAACCGAGCUAUAUCAAUAUAUAUAUAUUUACAUAUAUCACAGUUAUAUACAGUUACAAUACUAUGUACAUAUAAAAAGAGAACCCCAAACAACCCCCCAAAAAGGGGAAGGGAGGGGGAAAAGGGACAAAACCACAAAAGAAACCAGAAGCAGGUAUGCACGAUAACAAUCAAUAAAGAACUAGCGAAAGAAAAUCUUACUACUCUCCUUGAAAUAGCAGAAUCGCGCCAAACGACCGCCAGCACCCUCCAGCUCCCACGGCCUACAAGGGUUCACUAGGCCUGACUCCCCCACAUGAGCAGGACCAACAGCAGAGAACCUGUGCCUUUAGAUCCACCGGAAGGGAAGAGGGAAAAGGCUUCUCUCUCCUUCUUAUUUAUACCCUGGCUUGCAUAAAAAUCAUAUGGAAUGCUGGGAACAUGGCCACUUCCUUGGUUACAAACUGAUCACCGAGGAAGGCCUAGACUAAAACUAUCACAUAACCAAAGACUGUAUAUAAAAAUCAAAAAUGGCAAGGAAAUCUUAAUUCCGACACCUUAAUUUUUGAGCACUUGACUUGGCAGUCCUGCCAUUCUCUUGGUGUUUUUUUGGGAAUACAAACAUCUAAAGCCAAUGUAUAUAUAAAUUGUUGUGAAAGGUGAAUUCUCCCAUCCUACUGCCUUCAUAUUUCUUCUUUUGAUGGGUCAUUAGAAGGUUCAGCUCUUUAGUUUCAUAGCACAUCUUCUACCACUUGACUUAAGAGUAACCUGCCAGCUACUGAGCAGCCUGCCAGAUUGGCAGAGGGUUAGAGGCAAGGGAAAUAAAGAACUGAGGGGGAGUGGAAAUGUUUGCAUUUUGCAUGUAUUAAUAAAUUGCAUAGGUAAUUUUAGGUUCAUAAGUAGCAGAUAUAAAUUCUCUGGAGAAGUGUGGUCUAAGGUUCACCUCCUGAAUCUCUUGCCUGUCUUCUGCUUAGUCCUCUUUACACCCUCCUCAUCUGCUUUUCCAGUCUCAUAUGCCUUGACUGACUUCUGCAUCCUCAAACUACCUCCUCCUCAGUUGCUUCGUUAGUAACAGUGAUGAUGCUCCAUUAGCAUCCACCUCCCCUAGUUUUGCACUACCUUCCCUAUGUAUCUCUUACCCUUCUUUUCUCUCUCACUUUCUUUGACUGUCUCUCUGCCCUGCUUCCCUCCACCAUUUAGGUCUUGAUUUUAAUGUUUUUGUCCUCAAGACUCGUGUUUUCUUCAUCCAUCUUGCAUCAUCAGAGAAUACAGUUUCACUUUCCAUCUGAGGAUGCUUUUUUCUCCUCCUCCCACUGUUCACAGGAAGCCUCCCAGCUCCUGGCCACAGCCACUAUCAGCAGCUCAGAGCAGGCAUUACAGGGUUCGUCCUGCUCAGAUACUGCUCCAACAGCAACUGGUGCAAAACUAACUGCACGUAUAAUCUGUGGGAAGGAGCUCUGGGAGACAGCUAAGAGACAGUGACAAUGUCUUUAAACAGGCAGACAAUUCCUACUCAACUUGGAGUUUUUAAAGUGAACUGCAAAGGACUCGCAUGCCUCUUGGUCUUCACAGUAAGCAUUUGUGGCAGUGCCCCAGGGAUGUGUCCAACAGCCUGCAUCUGUGCCAGUGAUAUCAUAAGCUGCACCAAUAAGAACCUCAGUCGAGUACCAGGAAAUCUUUAUAAAUGUAUAAAAAGGCUGGAUCUGAGUUAUAACAGAAUUGGGCUUUUGGAGCCUGAAUGGGUCCCAGUGUUAUUUGAAAAACUGAACACUUUAAUAGUCAAUCAUAAUAGCAUUAGCAGCAUUGUCGCUGGAAGCUUUUCUACAACUCCAAAUCUGAAGUACCUAGACUUGUCAUCCAACAGCCUGAAGACACUGGGCAGCCCUGUGUUUCAGGAGCUAAAGGCACUGGAGGUUCUCCUGCUGUACAACAAUCAGAUAACACAGAUUGACUCUUUAGCGUUUGGAGGAUUGUACAAUUUACAGAAACUAUACUUAAGCUACAACUUGCUCUCAAAUUUCCCACUGGACUUAUAUGUUGGAAAACAUAAACUGACAGACCUUGUAUUGCUGGAUGUUUCCUUUAAUCACAUCCGGUUGAUGCCUAUUCAGCGCUUGAGUUCAGUGCCAGCUAAACAACUUAGUGGAAUUUAUCUUCACGGCAACCCAUUUAAUUGUGACUGCGUCCUGUACUCCAUGCUAAUCUUCUGGUAUCAAAGGCAGUUCAGCUCAGUGGUGGACUUCAAAAAUGAGUACAGCUGUUUGUUGCAAUCAGACCCGAGAGGUCACAAUAAACUGCCUUUACUGCUCGACAACUUUCUGAAUUGCUCUGAAAGCACUGUCAACAGCUCUUUCCAAGCCUUUGGGUUUAUUCAUGAUGCCCAAGUUGGUGACAGGCUGAUUGUACACUGUGACAGCAGAAUCAGUGAUGUGGGCACACACUUUGUUUGGAUUAGUCCAGACAAUAGAUUGCUGGAGCCAGACAGGGAGACCAAUAACUUUAAGGUGUUUCCUAAUGGCAGCCUGGAGAUAACAGAUGCCCAGCUAGAGAACUCAGGACUGUAUUCCUGCAUCGCAAUAAAUAAGAAAAGAUUAUUAAAUGAAACCGUAGAGGUUAGAAUAAAUGUUAGCAAUUUCACAAUGAACAGGUCCCAUGCUCAUGAAGCAUUUAAUACAGCUUUUACCACCCUUGCUGCCUGUGUGGCCAGUAUUAUUUUAGUAUUGCUGUAUCUCUAUCUGACCCCCUGCCCAUGUCAAUGUAAGGCGAAAAAGAAGAAGAGGAAGCUGAACCAAAGCAGUGCCCACUCUUCCAUACUGAAUUCUACAAUGCCGCAAGAGCUGAAUUCUACAAUGCCAGCAGACGAGAAGAAGGCUAGCACUGGUAAACGGGUAGCUUUUCUGGAACCCGUACACGAACCAAAACACAGUCAGAAUGGGAAAGUAAAACUGUUUCCUAAUGACAGCGUCAUUACUGAGAGUAUCUUAAAAACUACUCGAACAAAAUCCGACUCUGAUUCUGUCAACUCUGUGUUCUCAGAUACACCUUUCAUGCCACCAACUUAGUUUGCUGCCUGUGUCUGUAUUGUGCAGUUACUUUUCUGAAUACCUCCUCUGCUUGUAGCAACCAUCAGGAAAAACAAAUAAAAAGAGAGAAAAUGUUUUAAAAAAUUUAUGUAUUGUCAGUCCUUGAACUGCGUCUCCUCUCUUGAGUGCAGGGCCACGCAACAUUGAUACCUUGUUUGGGAAAAGCAAACAGCAUGGCAUUAAUGUGAAUGCUUUCAGUGCAUGCAUAGCCUUAGUUUUACCUUCUGCUCCAUACAUAGAAAUUUCUUGUGCAUGCUUAACGAUGGUUUCAAUGCAUAUAGCUGACCUGCAAAGGCAAAGGCUGCCCCCCGUGCACCACUCUUGGUUGCGCUUAUAAAUCAGCUCUUCUACAGUGAGCACAGAAGCAAAUUCACAUGGCUACUGAGAAAAAUGUCCAGACUUCCUGCAAUUUCUUUCACGGGCUCAUGAAACCUUUCCAUAAAAUUACUAGGGGAUAAAAUUCAUGACUUUUCUUGGACUGAUCAGCACAAAAAAUUAAAUUUGCCACUGGUAUGGCUAGCAGCACUGGGUAAAUGUUUAUGGCCUUCAACUGAUAGUGUAUUUGCAAGUAAUUGCUUGAAAACAUUAAAUGAGGGAUAUUGUAAUAAUUUUAUGCAAAACUUAAUCAUGAGAUUACUUGUGAGAAGUCAAGUGCUUGUAUUUGUUUAUAAAUAUUUCACAAAAUGAAAAGUUAACACACUACUUUUGCAGUUGCCUUAGUCAAAGAAUUAAAAUUGUCCGUCAUGGGGACUCAUACUAAUCAGGAGUAAUUAGAGUACUAAUUAAGCUGUGGUAACUGGAUUGAUUCUAACCAGUUUUCUUAACCACCGCUGCAUACUGUAUGCUUGGUGUCACAUGUGGUGCACAAAUCUGCCACCAUUACCAUGGCUCCCACUUAAUCUUAGAGGUGGGUGGCUUCUCUUCAGAGAUCACUUCAUGAAAUAGGGGAAGUAUUUCAAUUAUUUUUUUCAGUGGCAUGUGGUUCCUGCAGCCUUAAUAAAUUUGUUUCCUAAAGUUUUUUCUUAAAAGAGGAAAUACAGUAUUUGGACAAACUCAUGGAAAGUAUAGAAGACUUUACACACUCAAUUCAGAAAACACAGCUUUUGCCUAGGCUUGGCACUUGUCUUAUGAGUAGUGCUUUCUUCCUUGCCCAAAUGUAGCAUGGUUAAAGUUUAUAAAUCUUGUAAGACUGACCUGGACUGGUUGUGCAAUAUAGGUUGCAUGAAGUGUUGGGUUAUUGUCAUAAGCAUACGGUUUUAUUUGCUCUUUCUUUUUCUGUUUUAUUUGCCUUUUUUAAUUUAAGCCUGCUUACAUUGGGACUGGGCUAGACUUGCCAGUCUUCCUCACAUUGAUAAGCAGCAACUUCAAAGAGGUUUUUCAAGGAAUUACAAUUUACCAAAGACAAGUAAAUGGAGCAUGUCUGUCUCACUCUAUUUUGGGGGAAUAUACUGACAGGAUAAAGGAUAAACAAAAUGAGAAUCAAAGGGCUACAUGGUAUGGCAACUGUAACUUAUUUUUGAGAAGCUUACUGUAACAGCUACUGGCCAUUUUUUGUGAUUUCUUUUGAGAAGUGUAUCAUCAUGCUAAAGCUCAUAUCUGGCUAAGCCAAAGCUAUUAGCAAUUGAUUUGCUAUGGAGAAAUCCUGAUGUAGCUAAUUGUUUGAAAACAAGCUAUCUGACAAACAGAUUAGCUCAGGAAACAGCAUUUCUGUGUUGUGUACAAGGUAUGUGGAAUUAGCAGACUGCUGGAGAUUUUAAUGAAGAUAUUCAGGGAAAUGGAAAAUCAAAAUUGUUUUUCCAGGUAGAGAAUAAUAAAUAUUUAAGAGAGGAA